CACGCGGAGGCGCGGCGGCGGCCAUCCCGAGCAGGGCCGGGGAAAAGCUCGCCGAGGUCCCACGGAUUUGGAGAGCGCAGCCAGAAGUCCACCUCGCUGAGCGUUCCGCAGCUGGUCCCUGAUCCAUGUCACGGGGGAUUUUUGUUCUCUGUUGAACAGAGUUUAUCGGACCUUUGGACAAGAUGCCCCACCUGAACGGGGUUGUUCUGGCGCCGCUGGACAGCCUCCAGGAGCAGCUGAGCCUGUACCUGGCCUGCUCGAAAUGCAGCCAGCAGGAAAACGAGAGCACCUACAGGCUGAAGGAGGUGGACCACCCGUGCACGAUGGACAUCCUCCUAGCCAGGUGCAAGGAGCAGCAAGGCAAGCUGUGGCGGAAAGUUGGCAGGAGGCCCAGGCUCCCAAACCCCACCCAUUAUGACAUCUGCUGGUACAACGUUGUUGGCUCAGGUUGCACAAAGCACAGGAACCGCUGCACCUUCGCCUCAAGCCGGGAGGAGGUGAUCGUGUGGACGUUUGAGAGGAAGAACAGCAUGGAAAGGCACGUUCUGAAGACGCUGGUGCGGCGGGCCCAAGCCCCCUUGGCCAAUGGCCUUUGGGAGCCCAACGUCUCGGAGGAAAUUCGUAGCGAGUUUGGGGGCCGUUUCCAAGAGAUUUGUAAGUUCUGUUUUUACCGAACCCCACAAAGGAUCUGCCCGAAAGACUUGGCUCACAGCUGCAAGGGCCACUGGAACGCGCUGUUGGUCCACGUGAUCACCGACGGCAAGAUGAAGGAGCAGUACACGGAGAUCCGGCCCUGCCCGGGGGCCGUAAAGACCUUUAGUUACUGCAAGGACGGCUUUGCUGGCAAACCGUGCAAAUCUACCAUGCACCAGUGCAUCUUUGCUCACAGCGAUGUGGAAUUGGCGGUCUGGGAGGCGGAGGAGCGUUGCGGCUUGGCGCGCGGAGACCUUCUGCGCCCGCCGGUAGGUUGCAGGGCGGAAGAGGAGGCCUCGCAGCCCAAAGUCCAAUUCUACUGCAAAGUGUGUCUGGUGACCUGUGACUCUCAGGAGAGCUUUGAGAACCACUGUUCCUCCGUGGAGCACACGCAGCUGAUCGUCACGGACACCAUGAUCGAGUGGACUCACCGGGCCCCUCCGUACGACCUGAAGACCUUUGCCCUUUGCAGCCGAGCUGAUGUCUGCGAAUAUGGGCAGGAUUGCACCAAGGCCCAUUCCAUGGAGGAGCUGGAAGAGUGGAUCCAGAGGGCAAAGGUUGCGGAGAGCAACAAGAAGCUGGCCAAGCAGGACGGCCUCCUGGCUUAUCAGGACCGCCUUCUUGCGGAAUACACAGGAAGCCACAGCAAAGCCUUAAUUAUUUCUGAGGAAGUAGACGGCGUGAAAGUUACUUGCCAGCAGCCGCUGCGGGUACAGUCGGAAGACAAGAAGAUGGAGUACCGGUGGGUUUUCACCGUUCAUUCCCAGAAGCCGUUGGCGCACGUGGCCCUGCUGAAACGUGUCCCCGGAGCUGUCUUUUUCCUCCCCGUGAACGGGCCCUGCCAGGGCCUGACCUAUGCCUCGGGAGGGAGAUUCAAGACCCUGCGGGGAUACCCGCUCACGACUGAGGUGGAGGUGUGCCUGGCGUGUCGCACCUUUGGGGUCUACGAGCAAUGGCUGGUGUUCGAUUUCGGCAGCCGCCCGGUGUUGCUCCGGAAGCUCCAAGCCAGGAUCGGUCAAAAGGAUCCCCUGUGGCGCAUGGACCCGGCUGCCGAGCCCAGAAGUCAGUUUGUGGACUUUGAGCACUGGCACAGCGGCAACCGCGUGGUGGUGCCCAGCGUGGAGCGCACCGGCAAGGAGAUGGAACUGCUGGCCAAGUACAAGUCUCCGCAGGAGUUUCCGCGGGGUGCCGGGGGCGAACCGAUCAGUCGCUCGAAUUACCGCCAGCAAAUGCACAACUUCCUGUUCAGAGAGGAGUCGGCACAGCAAGUGUUGAUCGCCAGGCUCAACUUGCAAGUCGUGGCAUCCCUUCAGCAGAUGACGGAGACCCUUUUCACGGGAAUGAGGUUUGCUCCCCCGGGGUUGCUGUAUGCCGAACUCCGCACCCCCGACGCUCUGACCCCGGACUCCAAGGAAGGCCACCUGCUGCACCGCUCCGUCAAGACCGCCCUCCUGGCCCUGGAUCCGCCGGCCAACAACCGCGUCUUCGAGGUCUCCGUCGACAGCAAGGCCUUCACCGAGCGGAGCAUCUGGCUUCUCCUGCCCCAGCGCUGCUGCUCGGAGCUGGGCCUCAAGGCGGACACGUCCGUCAAGGUGGAGGUCCAGUUCCAGAUCGACCGGCUCCUGUUCCGACAGUGGCACGAGGCCGUGGACCAGCUAUGCGACGAGCAACUGGUCCUUCCUGAUCUGGCCGCCUGCUCUGUCCCGCAGCCCCUAGGGCCUGCGCUGCCACCUCUGCAGGGGAACGCGAAGCAGAACCAAGCUGUCUCCUUCAUCACCGGGGCGGCCUGGGUCCAGCAAGUGCCCCCUCUCCUGAUCUACGGGCCUUUUGGCACUGGGAAGACAUUCACCUUGGCCAUGGCCACCUUGGAGAUCAUCAAGCAGCCACAGACGCGGGUGCUGAUCUGCACCCACACCAACAGCGCGGCUGAUAUCUACAUUCGUGAGUAUUUCCAUGCUUAUGUCACAUCUGGGCACCCUGAAGCAGUCCCCUUAAGGGUCAAAUUCACUGACCGAGAUAUCAGAACAACAGACCCCAUCACCCUGCCCUAUUGCUGCCUCUCCCCGAACCGGGAUUCCUUCCGCCUCCCUACGAAGAAAGAGCUGGACCAGCACCGCAUCAUCAUCACCACCUCCAUGCUCUCCGUGGAGCUGGGGCUCAGCCCCGGCUAUUUCAGCCACAUCUUGAUCGACGAGGCGGCCCAGAUGUUGGAGUGUGAAGCUUUGGUCCCCCUCUCCCUCGCGACUCUCCGGACCCGCCUCGUCCUGGCGGGCGACCACAUGCAGGUCACCCCCAAGCUCUUCUGCCUGCAGGAGGGCGAGCAGUUGGCGGACCACACGCUUCUGAACCGCCUCUUCCAAUACUACAAGAAGGAGAAGCACGACCUGGCUGCGAAGAGCAGGGUCAUCUUCAACGAGAACUACCGCUCCACCGCCAGCAUAAUUGAUUUUGUCUCCCGGCACUUCUAUGUGGGGAAGGGAGACGCCAUCCAUGUCAAGGGCAACGUCCCCCCUCAUCCAGAGUUCUACCCACUCAUGUUCUGCCAUGUGGCCGGCUCUGCUGAGCGGGACAUGUCCACGCCUUCCUGGCGCAACAGCUCCGAGAUCAUGCAAGUCAUCGAGAAGGUGCAAGAGAUGGACCAGAGGUGGCCAGAUGAAUGGGGGCAGCGAGACCUCAAGAGGAUCUGCGUGGUCUCCUACGGCGUGCAGGUGAAGGUGAUAAGGCAGCAGCUGCGGAAGAAGGGCCUGGGAGAGGUGACUGUGGAGAGCUAUGAGAACCUACCGGGGAAGGAAUUCCGUGUUAUCAUCGUCAGCACCAUCCACACCAGGGAGAGCCUCAGCCGUAUCACCUCGUCCAACUUGGACUUCUUUAACGAUGCGCGGGUGCUGAACACCAUCAUGACGAGGGCCCAGUCCCAGGUCAUUGCCGUGGGGGAUGCGGUGGCGUUGUGUUCCUAUGGGCAGUGCAGCAAGGUCUGGAAAGGCUUCGUCAAGGAGUGCAUCGACAAGAGGGCUGUGGCUCCUGAAACCCUGACGCUGGAGGAGAUCCGGCAGGCGGUGUGCGACCGGGCCAGCUGGAGCAGGGGGAGCCCCGAGCUCAAGGAAGAGGGGAGCGACACAGAUUCCUGGUUCUCCGAUGUAGAAAGCUUGAAUGUCGACGACCCUAUCUUGCAGGAACUCUUGGACGAGAGCAAAGACAUGGCGGUGAUGGUCUCCGAGGAAGGGCUGUUGAAUGUGGAGCCCGUGGUGUCCACCCCUCAGAGCCGCAGGGAGCCGUAUGUCAACUACUCCCCGCAAACCAUGGGGGCGUACCUGCAUAUGCAGCGCAACAUAUACAAGCGUUGUGAGCUCAUCAAGGAGGGGUUUGAUCACGGUUCUGCCUUCACGCUGGACGACGUCCCUCCUGUGAGCAUCCAGAUCAAAGGCCGGCUUCAUUGCGGGAUGUCCUUCACCGGGGACCAGGUCUUGGUGGAGAUCCUGCAGCCCAACCCAGCGAGGGCCACGACUGAGGGAAGACCACAUGGGAGAGUGGUGGGUGUGCUGAAGAAGGCCGAGAGGGAGCGUAUCUUUGUCUGUUCACUGGAUGAGUAUGAUCUCCGAGUCAUGGUCCCCAUUGACCGUACAGUCACCAAAAUCUUUGUCCCGGGUCUAAAAAAUGAACCCAAUGUUAUUCCCAUCCGCAAGGUAGACCAAGGAGGGCAAAUCCGCCUGAAGAGGCGCAUGAAGAUAACUGAAGAAAGCAAGAAGAGAUUUCUCUUUGUGGUCCAAGUCAUGAAGUGGCAGGAAGUCUAUUACUUCCCCCUGGGGAUUGUCACAGAUGUCCUUCCCGUGGCUUCCACUCUAGAGGAAGGAUUGCCCAUUCUUGAUGUAGAGUACUGCCUCACGAAUAAAUACCCAGCCUCGGUGAACCGCGAGGUGGCGAAAUUCACCUCCAGCAAAUGUCCUUCCGCGGCGGGUAAUCGGAAAGACUGCCGCGCCUACCUGACCUUCACGGUGGACCCCCCAGGUGCGAGAGAUCUGGACGACGCCAUCAGUGUCAGAGACCUGGGCAAUGAAUACGAGAUUGGGAUCCACAUUGCGGACAUAGCAUCUGCGAUCCCCAAAGACGGUGCUAUAGAUUCGGAAGCAAAGAAACGGGGAGCCACUUACUACGCUCCCAGGAAGGAGCCGGUGUGCAUGAUCCCACCUCAGCUCAGCCAAGACCUCUGCAGUCUCCUUCCAGGGAAAGAGCGUCAGGUGAUCUCUCUCUUCGUCUCCGUGGAUAAAGCAACUGACCAGAUGGCACCUGUUUCCUUUACUCGGUCCACAAUCUGCUCAGGCCGGCAGCUCAGCUACAUAGAGGCAGAGGGCAUAAUUAAGAACUACUAUAACCCAGAGACUCCAUCGCUUAACUUCGACACCCUGGAGGACUGUAUUGCAGUUGCGUACCAUUUCUCCCGAGUCCACCGUCUGUCCAGGCUCCAUGAAGAUUGUUUUUAUGACCAGUUGGAUGAAGAAAGACCUCUGGGCCAGAGAUGUUCCCACCAGAUGGUCGAGGAGUUCAUGAUCAUGUUCAACAGUUCCGUGGCAGAGUUCCUCUCCAACAAGGAUCCCACCAGAAAUAUAACCCCUCUGCGUUGCCAGAAGGAGCCUAACCCACAGCAAAUGUCUCAAAUGAGGGACAAAUUCAGAGAUAUAAUCCCGCUAUCCACCCACCUCUCCCAUCAUCUGGGGUCUCCAACCACUGGAGGCCACAUGGAAACCACUAAUAAUUUUGUUGUCCUGACUGCAAUGUGGGAACAUCUCAAGUCAGCUGCCGAUGUCGGUGACAUUCCCAAGCUGCUCGACCUGAUUACAACGGAUGACAUCCACCCCCGGCUGGCCCAUGUGAACCUGGAGUUCCGGAAGCUUUUGAGCCGCUCUUUUUUCCUCUGCUCCAAUUCCUGUGAUCUGUCCAAAGUGGGCCAUUACUCCUUGCAUGCAGACUCUUACACCUGGGCUACCUCCCCCAUCCGGCGCUACAUGGACAUUGUGCUCCAGCGGCACAUCCUAUCUGUGAUCUUGAAGGAGCCGGUACAGUAUAACCCAGCAGAUAUUGAGGUCCUUUGCCACGAUUUCAACCAGAAGAACGGUAUGGCCACCGCCUACGAGAAGAAGGCCCGCUGCUUGGAGAUGGCGGCUCAGUUGAAGCGUCAGGCCCAGCAGAAGGUUGCCUUUGUGAUGAACGUUGAAGAGAUGGCCAAGCACUUCAGAGUCUUGUUUCCUCUGAACAAGGAAACGCUUCCAGAUGCUCAUCUCAUCAACUACAGAGCCCUCCAACUGGUGGCACAGCCGUCUUUCGAUCAGGAGCAGGGCAGCAUUAAGUUGAUGUGGAAGAGGAGAGUCUACUCCAUGGUGAGCUUAAAGGAGUGCACCUCCAAAUCGGCAGUGCUCCGGGACAAGAGGAUCACUUUCUUCGAUGUACAAGCUUGGGUUGAUGUCCUUCAAGCCAUCCGAAACAGAGGUUAUGAGGAGGUGAUCUCUCUCCUUGAGAAGGGUCACCACAAGGACCUGAGAAGUAUGGGGAGAAUGGAGAGGAGCAAGUGCUCUCACUUUGUCGAACUGUCAAUGGAGCUCAGAGCUGGGGACGUCUUGUACCUCCAGCUCACAACAGAUGUCCAGCGGGGCUUCCUGGCGCCGUUCGUGCAACUGUGGACCAUAGGGCCGGGCGUUGAUGUGUGUUUAGAGCACUCGGAGAGGCCCAUUGACUGCUUCUCCAAAUACGCCACCCAGGCGGCCAAGAAGGGGUAUAAGGACGCCUCUGACUACCGCAAAGUGUGGCUGCCCCUCUCUGACAUGGAAGCGGCUUCGGGUGCCGUGGCGGAAAACGACUCCAUCGUCCUGCACGCCGUCAAGAUCGCCUGGAAGAAGCAACGGUCAAAGAAAGGGCAGCUCCAGGGAACACUCUCCUUCUCCAAGGAGUUCCUGAAGGAGUGUGCCAUCGAAGUUGAUUUCAGCUAUUGCUACCUGUGCAUCCGUCUGUCGGGCCUGACAGUUGACCGAGUCCAGAACAAUGCUGAUGCCCUCAGCCACAGCCUCCAACAGCUCAGUUUGACCAAGGAAAAUGCCGAGGUCGGCCAGUUCAUAGUUGAUCCAGUUACCUAUACUUGGGUGGCCCAUGGCUGCACCGAAGAGGUUAACAAGCAUGAGGAUUCUGAUCAGCGUGUCGAAAUGAUGGUGAAUUUCUACGUCCAUUUUACGUCCAUGGAAAGCAUGCCUGUUGAGGUCACCCAGGAGUCUUCCCUGUUCACGGUGGAGCUGAUUCCAAAGUUGGUGCCUGAUAUCCGGAAGGAGGAAGCCAUUUGGGAACUGGCGUAUGCGACUGAGCUCGUCAAAGGAAUAGUCCUUGGCAAGAAAAUUCCUAUAAGAGAAAUGAGUCCUUCCAACCUCUUGACACGCAGCAGCUUUGAUCUUCCAGGAAGCUCCCGCAGACUCAACCCGAGCCAACAUCAUGCUGUUCUUGAGGCUUUGAAAAGGCCGUACACUGUUAUCCAAGGCCCACCAGGGACUGGGAAAACUGUGGUUGGUGCCCAUAUUGUGUACUGGUUUCACAAGCUGAAUCAGGAAAGGAUUCAGAAGGAACUGCCGACCCUGGACGACAAGACCAAAGCAAAGAGCCACAUCCUGUACUGUGGUCCUUCUAACAAGUCUGUGGACGUUGUUGCUGAAAUGCUGUUGAAGAUGAAGGAGUCUCCGCGGCUCCUGAGGGUGUAUGGAGAAACCAUAGAGUCCACGGAGUUCCCGUACCCUGGCAGCAGUUUGCAUAUCUCCCACAAAGCCCAGCGGGACUCAAAAUCCAAGCCAGAGAUCAGGUUUAUAACUUUACACUACCGGAUCCGUCAGCCAUCAAACCCUCAUGCCCUCCAAAUCUUGGCAUUUGAUGAACGUGUGAAGAGAAGAGAGGAGAUAACAGAGGAAGAAGUUGAGGUGUACAAGCGCGUGCUGUCCAAAGCACGGAAGCACGAACUGGAGAGGCACGACGUCAUCCUGUGCACGUGUUCUGCCUCCUGCAGACUUGCCCUAAAAAAGAACCUGCACGUUGAGCAGCUGCUGAUUGAUGAGUGCGCCAUGUCCACAGAGCCAGAGACCCUCAUCCCGUUGGUGCACUACAAGAAGGUCAAGAAGGUGGUCUUUCUGGGGGAUCAUAAGCAGCUGAGACCUGUGGUCCACAAUGAAUUCUGCAGGAAACUGGGAAUGGAGAAAUCCCUCUUUGAGCGCUACGAGCGGCAGGCCUUGAUGCUAAACAUCCAGUAUCGCAUGCACCAUGAGAUUUGUGUGUUCCCAUCCAAGGCAUUUUAUGAGGGCAAACUGAAGACCUACCGCAACCUUGAGCGUGGCUGCAGCACCUUCUAUCACAAGGACCGUCCCUUUUGCCCCGUCAUUUUUGGCCAUAUAGGAGGAAAAGAGAAUAGCCUCAUGAUCUCCACCGAGGAUGGAAAUGAGAACUCCCGGGCCAACUUCGAAGAAGCAGGGCAGGUGGUGAGAAUAGCAAAGGCGCUGACAGAGGACAAGACCACGAAGCCAGAAGAGAUUGCUGUCCUGACCCCUUACAAUGCUCAGGUUGUCGAGAUCAAGAAGCUUCUUUGCCAGAAGGGGCUGCAACAGGUGACCGUUUGCACCAUCAUGAAAAGCCAAGGCAGCGAAUGGAAGUACGUGAUUCUCUCCACCGUACGCUCGUGUGCCCGCGCGGACAUUGACAGGAAGCCCACCAGGAGCUGGCUGAAGCAGCACUUGGGCUUCGUGGGUGACCCAAAUCAGAUCAAUGUCGCCAUCACUCGGGCGCAGGAGGGGCUCUGCAUUAUAGGAAACGCUUACCUCCUGGAAAGCAAUUUCUACUGGAAAAACCUUCUGGAACAUUACAAGAACCAGCAUUGCUACACCAAGGCUACUGAGAUCCAGAUUAGGAAGAUGUUGGCUCCUCGGUGAUGUGAAUAGAUGCCCAGCGGACGAAAUGCGUAGCUGUUUUUCAUGGACCUGCGUGAUUUUUCUAGGCACAUUCCUGCUUUCUUAAAGGAUACAAGAAUUGCCACACUGAGCCAGAACUAGUGGCUUAAUCUAGCACAUGACAAUGGAUAAUCAGAUGCCACUAGGAAAAAAAGAAGGCACAAUGGGGGGGGACCCCGUUCUUAAUCUGGCGAUCAUCCGUAGAACAUUGGUGGCCAACCUGCACGGACCGUGGGUUUGGCUAUGGCAUAGAGGGUAUUCCGGCCUCACUCUUUGUAUUGCUGCCUGUUCCCCUUGGCUCAGUAGUCCAAUGGUAAAUGCUCCCCAAGUGGCAGGGGGCUGCAGGGGCAACAUUGUCUCAUACUUUGGAGUUGACGUGGUGGCACCCCUGCCAAGAACAUUUGGUCACCACCACGCUAGAUGGCAUUUCUGAUUAUAACCACUGAUUAAUGUCUCUGGAUUCUUUUCUGAAGGCAUUCUUUCUGGAAGAGGAAGCAUUUAUCUACCUACCUAUCUGUCUUUGAGUUCUGGGGCCAAAAGAAUGGGGCACUCUGUCGAAACCCCGAGCCAGCUAUUUUGAGGAAAUGCAUCUUUGUUUUGCUUUGGGGACCAAAGGGAUGCUGCAGAAAACCAAAGAAAUGUUCACAGAGGCCCUUUGAGAAGAAUUCUUCCUGCUACGCUGGAGCCAAGGAAAAGUAUGCCACUACGAAGUGGAAUUGCCGGGGUCCUUCCACGCCCCAAACCAUAACACCAGCUGCCAGGGAAGGAACGCAAACAUUUCCUGGCACGGCAUUAAAGAGCCUGUAAUUAGGACCUUCUCGGGGCCCUUCAUUUUUAUGACGAGGCCGCCGUGGCUACCAAAUGUAAAUCAUUUGGUAAACUCUUUUUGUGCAAAUGUUUUUUUUUAAGCUUCCUUUUUGAAUUCUACUUGAAAGUGUUUCCUCUUACCAAAAACGUGUUUUUAACUAUUAUUAUUUUUUUUAAAAAAAGUUGCACCUGAGGUCUUGACUGGAGAACCACUGAUCUUGUGAGGCUCGGCUUCCCUUGCUUUUUGCACUUUUUGUUCUACCAUUGAUUCUGAAUGUAUGGUGCAACUCUUAAGAAAACAAUCUAGUGUGUGGAGAGUGGUCAGCUGCACACGAGGGAAGGAAAUGACAUUUUUUUGCAAGGUUGCUGCCUUUUCCCCGUUGUGAGCCUUGAUGACAGUUGCCCCCCUGCUGCAAAGAACUGUUGCGCUCGCCCAUAUCAACAGCGCCUACUGUAGCUAGAACUGUAUGGGGUUACUUGUGCAUUCCAAGGCCGUAGCUAGACCUAAGGUUUAUCCCAGGAUUGCCCUGGGGUCAAACCUGUUCAUCUAAGUGCCACACAGGGCAUCCAGCGCUCAGGCAGGGACAAACCCAGGAUGAUCCUGGGAUAAACCUUAGGUCUAGCUACAGCCCAACUCUAUUGGAAAUGGACUACAGUAACCUGUGGCCCCUUCAGAUGUUGUUGGACUACAACCCCCAUCAUACUUGACAAUUGGCCAUGCUGCCUGGUGAUGGGAGUUGCAGUCCCAACAACAACUGGAGACCCACAGCUUCCCAAACCCUAGUCUACAGUCUCUCGUGCCCUUGUGAGCCUUGUACCACACAUCCACGUACAUUGCACUAUUUCCACAUGGGUUGUGUGCACUACAUUGUGGGAAGGAAAAGAGGGCUUCUGGGUUUGUUUCGUUUUCCCAUUCCAGCUUCGACGAUACCAAGUGCCUACUUUUUAAAAAGUCUUAGAGAAAUUUGACGCAAGGAGACCUGGGAUUACUCCCUUGAUGCUCCAACUGGAUUGGAUUUAGCUGCCAUUUUUUCGCAAUUUUCGCGGAAUGCAGCUGCUCUGGCCCGUGGUCAACUCUGGUGUAGCCAUUUAGAACUGUACAAAACCCACGGGGGGAGUGGGGGGUGAAUUUAGCCUAGUAUUUGCACUAAGAUGACGUAGAGCGUCAUCACACAGGGGGAAAGCUUGUUUGCUUACCGUCGCUUCUCCGCCCGCACAUUUGUCCCUCGUUACUUCCUCUUUUGAAAGAGGAAGUAAACAACGUGCCCGUGGCCCAUUCAGUGGGCCGUUUUGAUUCCGCUGCUUCUCCUGCACACAGCAGCAGAUAGUGGCAACUUCUGUCUUUAAAAAUAAGUCCGACUUACUGGGGUGUUUUUUUUGUCGUGCGAAGAAUGCUAGAAGGAGUGGGAGGCGUAUGAGAGGGCCCAGUAAUCAGUGUGCAAUAAAACGCUUGUCUGAUGGAGCUCGUAGCUAGGUUUCUUCAUCAAGUCCUGUGUUCUUGUAUUAUUGCUGUGUGUCUUACUCUGGCUCCUUUUUGCGGUCUUAUAUUUUAUUGCAGUGUCUGGAGCUGCUGUAUAAUAACAGGGAAGGGGAGAAAAGAGUCUUAAAAUUUUGCAAGCGACCCACGUAGCGUUGCUUGCAACUAAAGGUCUCUAGUUUGCACAAUUUAUUCAAACCGCACAAACAUUAGUAGGUGGAUCCAGAAUUAGCCAUACUAAUUGUACGGUAAGUGUGGCUAAACCUGGAUCCACCGACUAAUGUUUGUGCGAUUUGAAUAAAUUGUGCAAACUAGAGACCUUUAGUAUUCUUCUUUUUUGUUGCGGGGGGCAGGGGUUUCUCCUCUAGAAAUGUAAACAUAGAGCUCAUCUACACCAAGCAGGAUAUUCCACUAUGAAAAUGGUAUGAAAGUGGUUUAUUAUUAUUAUUAUUAUUAUUAUUAUUAUUAUUAUUAUUAUUAUUAUUUACAUUUAUAUAUUAUUUACAUAGCUGAAGCUCUCUAGGCGGUUUACAGAAGUUAAAAACAGUGAGCAUUAAUAUAUAAGUUUAAAAGCAUAAAAAGCAUAAAAUACAAACAAAAACAGACAAUAUCCAUUUAAAAACAACUAUUCUGGGGUCAGUUAAAAAACUCAGCAUAUGCUGUUAAAUGCCUGGGAGAAAAGUCUUGACCUGGCACCGAAAGGAUAACAACAUUGGCACCAGGUGAGCCUCGUCUGGGAGAUCAUUCCACAAUUGAGGGGCCACCACUGAGAAGGCCCUCUCCCUGGUUGCCAUUCUCCGAGCUUCCCUCGGGGUAGGCAUCUGGAGGAGGACCUUAGAUGUUGAGCGUAGUGUACGGGUAGGUUCGUGUCGGGAGAGGCGUUCCGUCAGGUAUUGUGGUCCUAAGCCGUAUAAGGCUUUAUAAGUCAAAACCAGCACCUUGAAUUGGGCUCAGAAACAUACAGGCAGCCAGUGCAAGUGGACCAGAGCAGGUGUUAUAUGGUCGAACCUUCUAGUUCCAGUUAUCAAUCUGGCCGCUGCAUUUUGCACAAGCUGCAGCUUCCGAACCAUCUUCAAAGGCAGCCCCACGUAGAGGGCAUUGCAGUAAUCUAAUUUGGAGGUUACCAGAGCAUAGACAACUGAAGCCAGGUUAUCCCUGUCCAGAUAGGGGCGUAGCUGGGCCACCAGCCGAAGCUGGUAGAAGGCACUCUGUGCCACCGAGGCCUAGAACAGAGAUGGUUCUAGGAGAACCCCCAAGCUACGAACCUGCUCCUUCAGGGGGAGGGCAACCCCAUCCAGAACAGGCAGGAACCACACUACUGUUUUAUGGUGGUACUGAAGUCCUCUGACAACUUUUAGGGCCCAUGACACAUCCACACCAAGCAGGAUAUAACACGAUGAAAGUGGUAUCUGGUCUGUAUCCAUGGGCCCCAACGGUUGUCAGUGCACUUCAAUACCGCUAUAAAGCAGUAGUGUGGCUCCUGCCUCUUUCAUACCGCUUUCAUCAUGCAAAAUCCUGCUUGGUGUAGAUGAGCCCAUAGUGUCCGGGAUCUUGAUAGCAAUAAAAGGGCAAUUUCCUCCCAUUUUACCUCAGUAAUUUUAAAUGUGAAAGUUUGGAAUUGUUAUUACAAAUGCAACCCCCACCCUACAAGGGCCAUUUUAUUCUGGAAGGAGUAGUAAAUUUUGACAGGAGAGACGACCUUGUGGUGCUACUCCUUGUACCUGGUGCACAAAGAGAGAAUGAGCAAGUCAGUUCCAAGGCUUAAUAAUACGCCUGUGCUGACUCCUUCUUCCUUUAUGCAGGAGCUACAAACGCCUACGCCAGCCUCAAAAAUAAGACAAAAGUUACCAGCCCAUGUCUACCAGCCUUUCUGUCUGCAUAUGCUUACUGAAUUAGCAUUAAGUGACCUAAAGAAAAUAAUAACCACUUUUUAAAUAGCAAAUAAAACUGAAAGCUACCAUAGCUGGUGACCUGGAGGUGAUCUUUAUUCGCCAUAGGUGACUAAGCAAGUGACCAUUUACAUUUUCAACUCUCUACUUCUCUGUCCUUGCUCAGUAUUUCUUCUUCCAUCCCUCUCUGUCCCCUCCACAUUCGCUCCUCUGCUCAUGGCCACGUCUGUCCCCUUUUUCUACCUUGUGUCUUCUCCUGGGCUGCCUGUACCUGGCAGAGAACACCGCCUGCACAAUAUUUAUUUAGCUCUUUAUUCGGUGGGUGUGGGGUACAGGGUAUAUCAAGGAAAUAUAAGGUAACUUAUUGUGGCCCUGUAGCAUUAAUACAAAUGCACUAAUUUGUGUUAAUGCUUACAGGGUGACUUUUACAGUUCGACCUUUUUAUUCUUUUACAGGGUUGUGUUUGAUUGUUGCCAUUCUGAGAAGAGAAACCACUAGGCGUAAUCCACCGGACAUAUGCCCCAAUGAAAUUAAUAGGAAGUGUGCAAAAAUACACACAUAUUUGUACAAGUCCCAUACGUUUCAAUAGGUUUGCUCAGGAGAAUUUUCUUGUGGGUUCGACCAUGAUCUAUCCAUAGCAUUCAAUGAGUACAAUUAAACCACUUUUUAUAUCAGCAGCAGUUCUAUUGAAGUCACUGCAUACCCAGAUACAGUGAGCUUGCUUCUCCAAAGAAAAUGUUCAAUGCAGAGCAUUUGAAAUUUGAGCCUUGUAUAUACUUCCCCCCCCCAAUGAUGUAUCUCCUUAAAACAAAGAGUGUAAAGGCAGAGACAAUUUUAAAGCUAUGUUUAGUGCAAUAAAAAUAGCACAAUCCAGGCAGAACUUUUCCUGUAUGAGCCUCGUUGGCAUAGAUUCCAUGUGUUUUGGGAGAGUUUCUGGCUGGAUUGUGCCUGAAACGUUGAUUAUCUGUGAAAUGGACUAAAAUAUUUCUGAGCUGUAACCAGCCGUGUGUCUUUUUAUAUAUGUAAUAUAUGUUAAAGCUAUCUGAAAUUUAUUAGUCAUUUUGAUUGUAUUUGAUUAUUGGAUUAUAUUUUUAUGAUGUAUUGUAUUUUUAAAAAUGGGAUUUGCAUGUAAGUUGUCUUAGGGACCCUUAUCGGUGGUGGGCCCCCUGAAAGGUGGGAUAGAAGUUAAAUACAAUUAAAUAUUUGCUAUCUAUAAAUUAUGGCUUUCUAGUACUCUGAACUGUUUUUUAAUUAAGGCUGAAAAAUAUCUGCAAUGUUUAUAUGAACCUUAACAUUCCUCUUUGAUCAAGUAUUGUGGAAUUGAUUGUAUUGUAUAGAAUAAAACUUGUUUCUGAAUUCUGA